AUGGACCUGAGGGAUUUUUAUCUGUUGGCUGCUCUGAUUGCCUGUUUAAGGCUGGAUUCGGCUAUAGCUCAAGAACUUAUUUACACUAUUAGAGAGGAAUUGCCUGAAAAUGUGCCCAUAGGAAAUAUACCAAAGGACUUGAACAUUUCUCACAUCAAUGCUGCCACAGGGACCAGUGCCAGCCUUGUCUACAGACUGGUUUCUAAAGCUGGGGAUGCCCCUCUGGUGAAAGUAUCCAGCAGCACUGGGGAGAUUUUCACAACCUCCAAUAGAAUAGACAGAGAGAAACUCUGCGCCGGAGCUUCUUAUGCGGAGGAGAAUGAGUGUUUCUUUGAACUUGAGGUGGUGAUCCUCCCCAAUGACUUUUUCAGGCUGAUCAAAAUCAAGAUCAUUGUCAAGGAUACCAAUGAUAAUGCCCCCAUGUUUCCGUCUCCUGUCAUCAAUAUUUCCAUUCCAGAAAACACUUUGAUCAACAGCCGCUUUCCAAUCCCAUCAGCCACAGACCCUGACACAGGCUUCAAUGGGGUGCAGCAUUAUGAAUUGCUAAAUGGGCAGAGUGUUUUUGGACUGGAUAUCGUGGAAACUCCAGAGGGAGAGAAGUGGCCGCAAUUGAUUGUUCAGCAGAACUUGGACAGAGAACAAAAAGAUACCUAUGUGAUGAAAAUCAAAGUGGAGGAUGGAGGUACUCCACAGAAAUCCAGUACAGCCAUACUGCAGGUCACUGUAAGUGAUGUGAAUGACAACAGGCCAGUGUUUAAAGAGGGUCAAGUAGAGGUGCAUAUUCCAGAGAAUGCUCCUGUGGGGACCUCUGUGAUUCAGCUCCAUGCAACUGAUGCAGAUGUAGGCAGCAAUGCUGAAAUCCGGUACAUUUUUGGUGCCCAGGUCGCCCCUGCAACCAAAAGACUCUUUGCUUUAAAUAACACAACUGGGCUGAUUACAGUUCAGAGGUCUUUAGAUAGGGAAGAGACAGCCAUUCACAAAGUGACGGUGUUGGCUAGUGAUGGCAGUUCCACUCCUGCCAGAGCCACAGUGACCAUCAAUGUCACCGAUGUAAACGAUAACCCUCCGAACAUAGACCUCAGGUACAUUAUAAGUCCCAUCAAUGGCACAGUGUAUCUGUCUGAGAAAGACCCCGUCAAUACAAAGAUUGCCCUGAUUACAGUUUCAGACAAGGACACAGACGUGAAUGGCAAAGUGAUCUGUUUCAUUGAAAGAGAGGUCCCGUUUCAUCUGAAGGCAGUGUAUGACAACCAGUAUCUGCUAGAGACAUCUUCUCUGCUGGACUAUGAGGGCACCAAAGAAUUCAGCUUUAAAAUCGUUGCCUCUGAUUCUGGGAAGCCCAGUUUGAAUCAGACUGCCCUGGUAAGGGUUAAGCUGGAGGAUGAAAAUGACAACCCACCAGUUUUCAACCAGCCUGUAAUUGAGCUGUCAGUCUCUGAAAACAACCGACGUGGGUUAUACUUAACAACUAUUAGUGCUACAGACGAAGACAGUGGGAAAAAUGCAGACAUUGUUUAUCAGCUUGGGCCGAAUGCCUCCUUCUUUGAUCUGGACAGAAAGACAGGAGUUUUGACAGCCUCCAGAGUAUUUAACAGGGAGGAACAAGAGCGAUUCAUUUUUACAGUCACUGCCAGGGACAAUGGGACCCCUCCCCUCCAAAGCCAAGCAGCAGUGAUAGUUACUGUUCUGGAUGAGAAUGACAAUAGCCCCAAGUUUACUCAUAAUCAUUUUCAGUUUUUUGUGUCGGAGAAUCUGCCAAAGUAUAGUACUGUGGGAGUAAUCACAGUGACAGAUGAAGACGCUGGAGAGAAUAAAGCUGUGACUCUUUCCAUUCUAAAUGACAAUGAAAAUUUCCUGUUGGAUCCCUAUUCAGGAGUCAUAAAGUCAAAUGUCUCCUUUGACCGAGAGCAGCAGAGUUCCUACACAUUUGAUGUCAAAGCCACUGAUGGAGGACAGCCACCUCGGUCCUCUACAGCAAAAGUAACGAUCAAUGUCAUGGAUGUCAAUGACAACAGCCCAGUUGUCAUUUCUCCACCAUCCAACACCUCAUUUAAGUUGGUGCCCCUCUCUGCCAUUCCUGGUUCUGUGGUUGCCGAAGUUUUUGCCGUGGAUAUUGAUACUGGCAUGAAUGCAGAACUUAAGUACACCAUAGUGAGUGGGAACAACAAAGGAUUGUUUCGGAUUGAUCCAGUAACAGGCAAUAUCACUCUAGAAGAGAAGCCAGCACUGACUGAUGUGGGCCUGCACCGCCUGGUGGUCAACAUAAGUGACCUGGGGUACCCUAAGGCUUUGCACACUCUUGUGCUGGUAUUUCUUUAUGUAAAUGAUACUGCUGGAAAUGCCUCGUAUAUCUAUGACUUGAUCCGCAGGACUAUGGAGACCCCACUGGACAGGAACAUAGGAGAUAGUAGCCAACCCUACCAAAAUGAGGACUAUCUCACCAUCAUGAUUGCCAUUGUCGCGGGGGCCAUGGUGGUCAUAGUUGUGAUCUUUGUCACUGUUCUGGUACGCUGUCGCCAUGCAUCGAGGUUCAAAGCAGCUCAGAGGAGCAAGCAAGGUGCUGAGUGGAUGUCCCCAAACCAAGAGAAUAAACAAAACAAGAAAAAGAAACGGAAGAAAAGAAAGUCCCCCAAAAGUUCUCUUUUGAACUUUGUUACCAUUGAAGAGUCCAAACCCGAUGAUGCAGUUCAUGAACCUAUCAAUGGGACCAUCAGCCUGCCUGCUGAGCUGGAGGAACAAAGUAUAGGAAGAUUUGACUGGGGCCCCGCACCUCCGACCACUUUCAAGCCUAACAGUCCUGACCUGGCCAAGCACUACAAAUCUGCCUCUCCACAGCCUGCUUUUCAUCUCAAACCAGACACUCCAGUAUCCGUGAAAAAGCACCAUGUCAUUCAGGAGCUCCCUUUGGACAACACCUUUGUUGGGGGCUGUGACACCCUUUCCAAACGCUCCUCCACUAGUUCAGAUCACUUCAGUGCCUCAGAGUGCAGCUCCCAAGGAGGCUUCAAGACAAAGGGCCCCUUACACACCAGACAGUGUAACUCACACAACAAAAGUGACACUAUCCCUGUCACACAUCAGCAAUGCCCAAGCUCUACUGAUUUCCACAUUCGACAGAAUGAAGAAAGUCAUUCCGAGUCUCAGCGCCGUGUUACCUUUCACCUCCCGGAUGGCUCCCAGGAAAGCUGCAGUGACAGUGGUCUGGGAGACCACGAGCCGGUGGGUAGUGGAACCCUGAUCUCACACCCUCUUCCUCUGGUUCAGCCACAGGACGAAUUCUACGACCAAGCCUCUCCGGACAAGAGGACCGAAGCAGAUGGCAACUCGGACCCCAACUCUGAUGGACCUCUGGGUCCCCGAGGAUUAGCUGAAGCUACGGAGAUGUGCACUCAAGAGUGUCUGGUUUUGGGUCACUCUGAUAAUUGCUGGAUGCCUCCUGGCUUGGGUCCAUAUCAACACCCGAAAUCUCCUCUGUCGACCUUUGCACCCCAGAAAGAAUGGGUCAAGAAAGACAAGCUUGUGAAUGGGCACACCCUGACCAGAGCGUGGAAAGAAGACACCAACAGGAACCAGUUCAAUGACCGUAAGCAGUAUGGCUCCAAUGAAGGCCAUUUCAACAAUGGCAGCCACAUGGCAGACAUUCCUCUGGCAAAUCUGAAGUCCUAUAAGCAAGUGGGUGGCACAACUGAGAGUCCUAAGGAGCACCAACUUUAA